GGUAUAGAUAACACGUCUGUCUACAAGUAGAGAGCUUUGCUCACUGGUUCAUUACCUUUUGGCGCUCUCAGAUACUCUCUAGGCAAAAGCCCAUUCCUCAACCAUAAACCCUCAUCACUCUCUCUCUCUCUCUCUGACACACUCAGUUGAGACCCAGACACAGAUUUCUCUCUGGGUCUCAUUCUAGUGUUCUAUAAAUAAAAGGUAACUGUUAUCCUUUUGGGAUCUGAAAAUGGGAGCUGGAAGGAGGACACAAACCUUUACUAUGCCUCCUACUCCAGACCUGGGAACCUACUCUGUACAAGCAAGACAGUUGAGAAGUAAUCACCUUGGUGGAGUUAUCUUUGGUUGCAAGAGCAGCACAAUGAUGGAAUGUCUAUCUAAACAACUCUUUGGUUUACCGGGUCCACACUUUUCAUAUGUGAAGAAUAUUAGUCCUGGCUUGCCCCUCUUUCUCUUCAACUAUAACGAUAGGACGCUUCAUGGAAUUUAUGAGGCUGCUAGCCAUGGCCAAAUGAAUAUUGAUCCAUAUGGUUGGACAACUGAUGGAUCAGUGAGAACACAAUUUCCUGCACAGGUUCAGAUUCGUGUCCAGCUGCAGUGCCAACCACUGCUUGAGAGUCAGUUUAAACUGAUUAUUGCGGACAACUACUACAGUGCAAAUAAAUUCUGGUUUGAGCUUGAUCAUGCUCAGACAGACAAGCUGAUGUCUUUGUUAGCAUCUUGCCCAAUCGCUCCAGGUACUAAAGUACCGCAGAAAAUACCAAAGAGGAAAACUGAUCUUCCAAUGCAACCCUCACGUAAGACAACAGUGGAAGCUCAGUGGCUUAAACCACUCACUUCAGGGGCGAAAACACUAGUUGGAAACUACAAUCCAUCUGAAGCUGUAUUAGAUGUGAAAGACGCUGAACAAGAAGAACAGCACCUCAUUUGCGCAAAACUGAAAGAGUUGUCUCUUCAACGUGAUCUCAACAGUGAAUACCAAAAUGUGCCUUUGUCAAUAGAUGUUAAAGAUAGUGCUAUUGUUAAUGCAACGCCUGUAGCGGUCAAUUGGAAUCCACCUGAACCAUUGGGUUUAGUGGAGAUGAGGGUAGAGAGGUCUCAUUCCUGGUCUGAGAAGAAGAGUGGAGGGAGUCCUUGCUCAUUGUCUGCGUUGAGUCCUCGAUCCUCGUCUGAUCAGUCACAAAUCGAUAAGUUGGUUCAAGAGGUUGAAGAGUUAAAAGCUUUCAAGAAUGAACAAGCUAAGAAGAUAGGCUAUUUGGAGCAUAAGCUGGAGCAGGCACAGUUUGAAAUUAAACAGUUAAAAGAUGGUAUAAAGUCGGAAUCUGAGUCUACACCAUCCCUUGCACAUAUUGAUGAAAAGCAGUCAGAGUCUGAGAUUCAGUUAAAAGACGGUAUGAAGUUGGAAUGUGAGUCUGUACCCUCCACACAAGAGAAGGAUAUUGCAUCGUGCGAUAUGCUGGAUCUGGAUCCUAAUGAGUCAAUAUAUCUAGUUGGAGGAUCUGAUGGUGAAUCAUGGUUGUCAUUGGAUUCUUAUUAUCCUUCUCGAAAUGUGAUAAAAUCUCUUGGACCAAUGAGCUCAGAUCGUGGAUAUGCUUCUGUUGCAAAAUUAAAUGGUGAUCUCUAUGUGAUUGGAGGUGGUGCUAGUGCUGUAGGUGGUGAUGGUGCUAGUGCUGUAGGUGGUGAUGGUGCUGUGUGGUAUGAUACAGUUGAAUCAUACUGCCCUGCUGACGAGCAGUGGAAGGUCUGCCCUUCUUUGAGAGAGAAAAAGGGGAGCUUAGCUGCAGCUACCACAAACAAUAAAAUUUUUGCAAUGGGUGGCGGCAAUGGAAUUGAGUGUUUUUCUGAUGUUGAAAUGCUUGAUUUAGAUGUUGGUCGAUGGAUCCGUACACAGUCAAUGCUACAAAAGAGAUUUGCUCUCGCUGCGGCAGAACUAAAUGGAGUAAUAUACGCUACUGGAGGGUAUGAUGGGAAUGGUUAUUUGAAGUCCGUUGAUAGAUUUGAUCCAAGGGAGCAUAGUUGGAAGAAAGUCCCUUGUAUGAAAUCAGAAAGGGGUUGCCAUUCAUUGGUUACAUUAAAUGAAAAAUUGUAUGCUCUGGGUGGUCAUGAUGGAGAUUCUAUGGUGUCAAGUGUAGAAAUUUUUGACCCACGCCUUGAGUCAUGGAUGCCUGGGGAACCAAUGAACUACUCUAGGGGAUAUUCGGCUGCGGCUGUUGUUAAUGAUACCAUCUAUGUAAUUGGAGGGGUGAAAGGGGAUACCAGCAUUGCAGAGGCUGUUGAAUGCUACAAGGAGGGCCAAGGUUGGCAAGAAAUGGCGGGGGUGAUUAGCAAAAGGUGCUUCCUGUCGGCCACUGCUUACUCGACCUGAUCAAGGUGUUACUUGCGGUUAAUCUAGUCGGAAACUCAUUGUCUAUCAAAUAUGUAAUACAGGAGCAUGUACAUGCUAGGCGCAUAUAGUAAGGUCUUUUGUGGUUCGAGAUGGUGUUUUGGGGAUCAAUGUUGCAAGAUUCAUCUCGAAAAAAUCCAGCGGUGGAAAGAUUUCAAUGCUUUGAUAUGAGUGAGAAACUAAUUGUAGACAUUAUUAUAUCUGGUAAUAUAUGAGUUGGUGUUGUUUAUCA